GUUGAAAAUCACCCUUGUCAGAUUAAGAAACGCGACCAAGUUCCCGAGCGCGCUUGAGUGAGCCCAGAAGACGAUGCUGGCAAACACAGCUCGACGCAGCGUCCAAUUCGGCGCUACUCACAGCUUUGCCGCCACUGUAUGUUGCUCUGCUCGUUUUUGGCAUUCCAAAAGCUCGAGAGUGUUGCUCUGCAUCGUCGCACCACCCGAAUACUGACCUUGCGACUGACUUUGACUUGCAGAGAGGCUUUGGCUUGGCCGGUAGCCGCUACCAGACAAUGGUGAAGCCAGUGAUGGCGGCUCCUUCCAAGACCACGUCGCUAUGGUCACGUCUCGGCCUUCAGGCGACCAAGACGACCAAGCUGCCCCUGGUCUACUCUACUAAAGCUCGGGUACGAAAAAUUGCAAUGACAUUGGUUGCUGUGCAGAUGCACUUUGUAGUGCAGUGUGUUGACUAUUGGUGACACUGCUUGGUGUGCAAUUAUACAGAAGUUCGCGGCCUCUACAGCCACACUUGAGAACGUAGCGGCCAACCGCCCGAUCGCAUACUGGAUCUUCGGCACGGCGGCCAUGGUCGGCGGUAUGAUCGCCGUCGGUGGUGCUACUCGCCUUACUCGAUCGGGUCUGUCAAUGGUGCAGUGGAAGCCACAGGGAAGUCUGCCGCCCAUGACUCCAGAGGAGUGGGAAGCGCAGUUCGAUAUCUACAAGCAGUUUCCGGAAUUCCAGCAGCGCAAGAACAUGACGGUGGAGGACUUUAAGGGCAUUUUCUGGUGGGAAUAUGGACACCGUAUGCUUGGCCGCACGGUUGGUCUGGUGUACACAGCGCCGUUGGUUUAUUUCAUGCUGCGCAAGCGUCUACCUCGGGAGCUGUACACGCGCUUUGCCGUAUUGUUCAGUCUGGGUGCAGCCCAGGGAGGUGUCGGCUGGUGGAUGGUGCGCAGUGGUCUGGAAGAACACGGCCACGAGCAAUUGAAGAAGCGCAACGAAGUUCGUGUCAGUCCCUACCGUCUUGCUACGCACCUUGGAUUUGCCUUCACGACGCUGGGUGUUCUUCUGUGGACGGGUUUCAACCUGGUUGCGCCUCCGUCGCGCGCGGCGAUGACACGUGAGAUGAUCUCGCCGGACGUACUGAAGCAGGUGACUCGUAUCCGUAAGAUUCUGGGCCACGUCUCCACUGCUCUCGGCUACACGAUCCUCUCGGGUGCAUUCGUGGCCGGUAUUGACGCUGGUAUGGCUUACAAUACGUUCCCGAAGAUGGACAACCAGUGGAUCCCGGACGACUUGUUCGUGAUUGAGCCAAAGUACAAGAAUUUCUUCGAGAACGUGCCACUCGUGCAGCUGGACCACCGUGUUCUAGCUCUCAGCACGCUCACGGGUUUCACUGGUGUGUACGCCAUGGCACGUCGCAAGCAUAUCUGGAACCAGCUGCCGCAGCAGUCGCGUAACGCACUGAACAUGGCUCUGGGAGCUGCCAGUGGCCAGGUGCUGCUGGGAAUCACAACGCUGAUCAACUGCGUGCCAAUCCCGCUCGGCAUCGCGCAUCAAUGCGGCGCCAUCGCGCUCAUGACGGCCACACUCUGGUCACAGCACACACUCAACUUCGCCAAGCCGCUCAAGAAGGCCGCUCAGACUGCUAUCAAGGCUGCACCAAAGACAUUGUGAGCGGCAAUUGUCUGUCGUUGUUGCAUGUAUCACAGGAGGCAACUUCCGCGAGCUAGAAAAAAAAAUCACAAAUAGAAAAUUUGCAAAAAAAAGAAGAAAAAUAUAGGUAAAGAGAACAUACGGAACAGCUCCCCUUCAAAACCGAUCACCUUACCACCUG